AGUUUCCGUUCGGGCGACGCUUGUUGUGAAGCAAUAUGAUAGGUACAUUUUCGAAUAUUCUCGAAGGCGGACGGAAUACACCUGGACUGUCACACUCAUAAAAAAAAACCUUUAUCACCCGUGUUGUUACUGAGCCUCAACAGUUUCGCAUGACUUCGGUACAGGACCGAGGAUUGUUGGUGAUGAUGAAAGGAAGAGUUUCAAAAUGAGCCGAGGUUUAAAAGUCCAGUGAUCCGCUGCCCCUACCGCCGUCGCCAAUCAGAAGAGCCCCCGGACACCCAAUCUUCAGGCCUUGUUGAGGGGAUCAGUCCUUUACCACUCGGUUGGGGUGUCAGAUAAGCAGAAGACUUCCACCAGGAGCUCCCGAGAUACCAAUUGAGCUCCCCAUCAGGGCUGCUUUGUGGCUGAGAGCCCUUCUGACGAACUCGAUUUUUUGCCAUCCUGGAGUGCGAGCUUAGAUCUCACUGUCGCCAUGCCGCGAGUCCCCUCGUCAGUCUUCUCUCGGGCUGUCCCCACCACGACCAAGUUCUGUCUCAAGUCAAAUGGUCCUAUAAAAGCCCAGUGGCUCGUGCAUCCCCCUUGGAAGGUUUCUCUACCUCGCAAUCUCUCCCAGCGACUCUAUUCUUCUGAAGCUGCAUCACCACUAUCUCCUCAGACAUCUAAGCCUCGCUCUCGUCUACGCCGAUUUGUGGGCUUUACAUCCAUUGCAUUAGUCGCCUUCACUGCCGGACUCGUUUACCAAACCCAGAAGACCGUUUCUCGCAUGAUGACGGUCACUCUGCGUACAGAUGAGGAAACUCUCACCGCAUUCGCUCCUCCCGACCAGUUCUCGCAAGAGGUCGAUGAAUUCAUCCGCAACCAUCCGGUAGCCGUGGCGCUGCGGGAGAACCCUGCCUUCACCGAGUCCCGGCCGCAUAUGAAAAUCCCCGCCGAGCUGCGCGACCGCCAUCUGACGGCAGGCACCCUUUCAGGUCCUGAUCGAAUUGUUGUUCCGCCGCAUGUCUUCUCCGAGAAGGAUGGGAAGAGCCUGGUUUCGAUCUUCUACCUCGGUUCCGCCAUCAGUGGCCACCUGGGCAUUGUCCACGGUGGUCUUUUGGCCACACUGCUCGACGAGGGGAUGGCACGGUGCUGCUUCCCCGCUCUGCCGAACAAGGUGGGCGUAACGGCCAAUCUAAACAUCGACUAUCGGCGUCCUGCCAUGGCAGAAUCCUAUGCUGUUCUGCGGGCCGAGACUGUGAAGGUCGAAGGUCGUAAAGCCUGGGUGGAGGCGCGCAUUGAGACUCUGCCUAAGGAGGGAGAGGAACCCGCGGUUUUGGUUGAGGCAAAGGCCUUGUUUAUAGAACCCAAGCAAGCCGCGGCCAUGUCGAGUCUAUAUAAUAUCACUAACUAGCGCCUCAGCUAACUUGAGACCAGACCGAUUUCCGAGAAUUGAUAUAAAAUGACAUAUGCAUUUAUUGGAUAGGCGUAUAGACGGUUAGAGACUGGUUUGUUUCAGUGCAACUGUAUAUAGUGACUGUAUAGUAUUUUGUUUGGUUAGAUGUAGCCUAGCAGUAUCACAACGGGGCAAUUCAUAUAUGCUUUAAUUGA